AUGAUUAUCGAGGAGAGCUCAGGUACAACAUUCAUUAUGGAAAUUUUAAAUCCACUGACCGCUAAGAUCUGACCGCUGAAGUGAGUUAAGAUUGAAUGUAAAGAACCUUGGCUCUGAUACCAUACUCAUGAUCUUUCAUUCAGUACAUAUCUAUAUUCCCUCUCUCUCUUUCUCUCUCUCUCUCACUCUCUCUCCCCCUCUCUCUCUCUCUCUCUCUCUCUCUCAGGGGAGAAAGUGAUGCCUGACGAGAAGUUGACCUGUGAUCUUUUUCGCUUCCUACAGCUCCUCUGUGAAGGACACAACUCAGGUGCUCACCCUUAACCGUUUUAACCACAGUGCACUUCUCUCUGUGUGUAAUGGCAGAGGCGUGUUAUUGGGCUAUUGAAAACUGAUUACCCUUGCAAAAUGUCCCAUAGAUUUUCAGAAUUAUUUGAGAACCCAAACAGGAAACAACACAACUGUGAACAUAAUUAUAUCCACUGUGGACUACCUUCUCAGAGUGCAGGUAAACAAUUUGAUCUACGAGACGUUGUUAUCUGUAUGAUACAUUUUAUGGCCUGUAAUAUGAUUCAAUAUAAUUUACAAGCCUUUUCAAUAUUUUGGUACUAUCCUGAUUCUAAUCUCCUUCCUACUGAUAUGUCUCCAGGAGUCGAUAAGUGAUUUCUACUGGUAUUACUCUGGGAAGGAUGUGAUUGACGAACACGGCCAGCGUAACUUCUCCAAGGCCAUCAAUGUGGCCAAACAGGUCUUCAACUCUCUCACAGAGUACAUCCAGGUUGGUUGAGCCCUAGGUGCUGAUUUAUCCCACUGGGCACACACUGGUUGAAUCAACAUUGUUUCAACGUCAUUUCAAUGAAAUUACGUUAAACCAACGUGGAAUAGACGUUGAAUUGACGUCUAUGCCCAGUGGGAUUGAUGUCAGUUUCUCCACUGAGAGGUUGACCCAUUUCGAAUGGUGUUUCAUGUAUUUAACUGUUGUGAAUGUUGUUAUGUGUGUUCUUACAGUAUGUGUGUUUGUCUCAGUUCUGGCUAUUGAUAGUUUACCCAGCUAGGAAGCUAACAGGUUCCUUUCAUUACUAUCCUCUCCAGGGGCCAUGUACUGGUAACCAGCAGAGUCUGGCCCACAGUCGCCUAUGGGAUGCAGUGGUGGGCUUUCUCCAUGUCUUUGCUCACAUGCAGAUGAAGCUGUCUCAGGUCAGUAUAUUGUAGAAGUCAUGGGAUGGAGGACCAGGGUCAAUAUGAACCAUGAAUAUUCCAGUCUUGUAAAGAAUGCCAUGUGUAGCUAGAGUAGAGCUGAACACGCUUUCCCUUUUUCCCAUUGGGCCAUUUCUUUGUUUUGGAUUUACACUCAAUCAAACUAGUUGUUACAUGGUUUGUUUUGGUGUUUUGUUAUUUAUAGGAUUCCAGCCAAAUUGAACUUCUGAAAGAAUUGAUGGAUUUGCAAAAGGAAAUGGUUGUUAUGUUGCUGUCCAUGUUAGAAGGUAAGAUUCAUACUGGUUGAGUAGUUUACAUGGUGAAUAUAUUUGUGAAUUGCAAUAGACAAAGCUAAACUUGUGAACUCAUCUCAUUUUCUUCUCUAGGUAAUGUGGUAAAUGGAACAAUUGGCAAGCAGAUGGUGGACAUGUUGGUGGAAUCAUCUAGCAAUGUCGAGAUGAUCCUAAAGUUCUUCGACAUGUUCCUCAAACUCAAAGACCUGACCUCCUCUGACGCAUUCAAAGAGUAUGAUCCCGACGGCAAAGGUCGCAUCUCCAAGAAGGACUUCCAGAAGGCCAUGGAGGCCUACAAGCGCUACUCUCAAUCCGAGACCCAGUUUCUACUCUCCUGCACGGAGACGGAUGAAAGCGAGCUCCUGGAUUACGAGGCCUUCGUGGAUCGCUUCCACGAGCCAGCCAAAGACAUUGGCUUCAACAUUGCUGUUCUCCUAACCAACCUGUCGGAGCACAUGCCUCACGAUUCACGUCUUGGUACCUUUCUGCAGCUGGCAGAGUGUGUUCUGAGCUACUUCCAGCCCUACCUGGGCCGUAUUGAGAUCCUUGGCAGUGGCAAGCGCAUCGAGAGGGUCUACUUUGAGAUCAGCGAGUCCAGCCGCACGCAGUGGGAGAAGCCUCAGGUCAAAGAGUCCAAGAGACAGUUCAUCUUCGACGUGGUCAAUGAGGGCGAUGGGAAAGAGAAGAUGGAGAUGUUUGUCAACUUCUGCGAGGACACCAUCUUUGAGAUGCAGCUGGCUGCCCAGAUAUCAGGGACAGACACUGGGGAGAGGUCAGCAGGCAAGGAGACAGAAGUGGAGGAAGAAAAAGACAGGGGGAAGAAUGAUGAGGAGGAGGGGGAAAGAUCCAAAAUGGGACUUUUCUCCAUGUCCACAAUAUGGCUCAUCGUCUUCGCUCUACCGUAUGGCUUGAUGAUGCUGAUGUCAAUGCUCUCUGUGAAGAACCUGAAGAAGCAGAUUAAGAAGACAACUCUGAGGGAUUUAGUCAUGAUAUUUGGUUCCUUCUUACGGGCCAUGAUCAUGGGUCUGGUCCACUUUGUCUGUUCUGUAGUUCGCUUCUUCUUAUAUGUACUGUACGUAGUUUUUGUAAGUGGAGGACUCAUAGAGGGGGCCAAGAAGAUGAGGGUGUUCGACCUUUUUGGUGGCAUCCUUGACCCCACACUCGAUGAGGUCACAGGGGGGUCAGGGGGUUAUAGGGAGAGGAGAUACAGCACAAGGUCCUCCUCCCGGGAGGAGCUAAGAGGGCUGGGCCAGUCAACAGUUUCCUCCAGGGACACCAAUGUCCUGUCAGACAUUUUCGGUCUGCGAGUGAGGAGAGAAGGAGGUCAGUACAGACUAAUAACUCAUGACUUAACAGCCAGUCUGACUGACCUGUUCAAUGCAGCCACUGGCCAACAAUCCCCUGCUGAGCCCAAUGGGAAACACCAGGUAUUAUUGCAGUGUUUUUGUGAAAUUUGUCCCAGCGUGACCUAGAUAUGGCGUGUUUGGUUUGUUGGUGCCGUAGAACCAUACUGUAUUCAUUACAUUACAUGUUUCCCUUCAACGUUUUGCUCAGUUUAGGUCGAAAACUGUUGACAGUUUGUUUAAACACUAUUGUGAUAGAGGUUAGUAAUGUACUCUUGGGUCAUGUUUAAUGCAUAUCCUGUUAAUGGCUUCAGGUUGAAGGUACCAGAGAAGGAGAUAGUGAAGAAGGAGAAGAGAAAGUGUCUGAGUUGGAGAAAGCAGAGUGAGUAUUUUUCAAAUUCAUCCUACCCUUAAAGGCCUGAUUACAUUCUGACUGUAAUCCUGAACAACUUCAGGCAAAGUGAAACUAAGAAAAUGACUGAAUAUUUUGUUGGGUUAGCGUAAUCUCACACGAUGGAAACAAUUGAAUAUGAAACCGUUUAGGUUGACUUUGAGCUGAAGUUUUAAAGUGACUUUGCAGAAGAGAAGAUUCUGAGAAGAAGGAUGUGGAGGCUAAAUGGAGAGUUAGGAGAUGCUCCAGCAAACCUGAGGAGCCAGAGCCUCAGGAAUCAGCCUUCUGGGAAAUGAUAACCACUCACCAGAAGAAACUGUUGGUUAGAAACUCUCUAUCACACACACAAACAGACAUAUACACACACACAAGUAUUUUCUCGCUCCUCUGAAUUUGACCAUAUCUAAUUUCUCAGAAUUACUUUGCGAGGAAUUUCUACAACAUGCGGAUGCUGGCUUUGUUUGUUGCUUUCGCUAUCAACUUCAUUCUCCUUUUCUACAAGGUGAGUUACUGUGUGACUGCCAGUGCAAAUAUUUAAAUAGAAAUGUCCUGCUGGUCUGUGAAAUUGAUUGACAGUCUCACUGUCCUUAACUGUCUCAUUGUUACUGUGUCCCAGGUGUCAUCAUCCUCUUCUGUAAGUGAUGAAGAGGAGAAGGUAGCAGUGCUCUACGACAGCUCAGGGGACCUGGAUGAAGAAGACCCCUUGGUCGAUGACAACACCUCAGACAGUAUGCAGUUUGUCCUGGAGGAGAGCACUGGUUACAUGGAGCCCUCUCUCUGUUUCCUGUCCAUUGCUCACACCCUCAUCUCUUUCUGCUGUAUCAUUGGCUACUACUGCUUGAAGGUACGGCAGCUCACAGGGAACAAACAGACAGGAGUCAGUCCACUGUGACAGUGCAUACCAAUUAGUGUUGCGUGAAUCUACAGUACAUCACGUUCUGUCUUUAGUUUAUACUAGCUAGUAAUUAGAUCCAUUGAGGGCUACACAUAUUUGGUUUUCCAGCACCAACUACACUCUUAGAAAAAAGGGUUCCAAAAGGGUUCUUUGGCUGUCCCCGUAGGAGAACACUUUUUGGUUCCAGGUAGAACCCUCUGUAGAAAAGGUUCUACAAGGAACCCAAAAGGGUUCUACCUGGAACCAAAAGGGUUUUACCUGCAACCAAAAAUGGUUAUUCAAAGGGUUCUCCUAUGGGGUUAGCCGAAGAACCCUUUAAGGUUCUAGAUAGCACCUUUUUUUCUAAGAGUGUAGGCAGCAAAUGUAGUACAUUUGAAAUGUGAACUUUGUAAGUAAUAGUGUUUUUUCUACUUACUGUAUCACUCUGUUGUUUGUGAUUGGCUGCUACUGUAGGUCCCGCUGGUUAUCUUUAAGCGGGAGAAGGACGUGGCGAGGAAGAUGGAGUUUGACGGCCUCUAUGUCACUGAGCAGCCACCUGACGAGGACAUCAAAGGCCAAUGGGACAGGCUGGUCAUCACCACACAGUCAGUCCCCCCUUAGGGCCUUUAUAGCUGCUUAAUAAACCCUGUUUAUCACCUACUUUGGUUGAACUACAACACUCUACAGUCCUACACUCAUCUAAUCUACAGUUCCGUGUAGUUCAGUGAGGAUCAGGCUGAAUUAUGGAAUGACAUACAGAACCAGUCUAUCAGUGCAUCACUGUGCAUGCUCGGAUCUCUCUCUUAGACUCUCAUAGACCAUUACAACUUUUAUUGUGGAACUCUUUCUGAAUUAAGUCGUGUUUUAUGAUGCUCAAUUAUGUUUUCUGUUUCAGAUCAUUUCCCAGUAAUUACUGGGAUAAAUUUGUGAAAAGGAAGGUAGGUACAGCAGUCCUAUUCACCACACAUGAUUCUCUGUGUAUAGUUGAGUCAGCGUCUACAUGUAUAUCACAGCACAGUCUAGUGUCAUAAAAAGAGACUGGAGAUUUAUGAACCAUAUAAUGGUUUAAGCAAUUAUACUCUCUCCAUAGCAUUGCUUUUUAAAGUCAAUCACCCUCAACCCUUUUCUUCAGGUGAUGGACAAGUAUGGGAAGUUUUAUGGCUGUGACCGCAUCAGUGAGCUGCUGGGGCUGGAUAAGGCUGCUCUCGACUUCAGCUCCGAGGGACAGGAGAGGAGGAGGCCCAGGAGAGAGGGAGCCUGGACAGCUCUGUGAGUGGAAACAGUGAAGGAAAAAACUAUUUGAUCCCCUGCUGAUUUUGUACAUUUGCCCACUGACAAAGAAAUGAUCAGUCUAUAAUUUUAAUGGUAUGUUUAUUUGAACAGUGAGAGACAGAAUAACAACAAAAAAAUCCAGAAAAACGCAUGUCAAAAAUGUUAUAAAUUGAUUUGCAGUUUAAUGAGGGAAAUAAGUAUUUGACCCCAUCUCAAUCAGAAAGAUUUCUGGCUCCCAGGUGUCUUUUAUACAGGUAACGAGCUGAGAUUAGGAGCACACUCUUAAAGGGAGUGCUCCUAAUCUCAGCUUGUUACCUGUAUAAAAGACACCUGUCCACAGAAGCAAUCAAUCAGAUUCCAAACUCUCCACCAUGGCCAAGACCAAAGAGCUCUCCAAGGAUGUCAGGGACAAGAUUGUAGACCUACACAAGGCUGGAAUGGGCUACAAGACCAUCACCAAGCAGCUUGGUGAGAAGGUGACAACAGUUGGUGCGAUUAUUCGCAAAUGGAAGAAACACAAAAGAACUGUCAAUCUCCUUCGGCCUGGGGCUCCAUGCAAGAUCUCACCUUGUGGAGUUGCAAUGAUCAUGAGAACGGUGAGGAAUCAGCCCAGAACUACACGGCAGGAUCAUGUCAAUGAUCUCAAGGCAGCUGGGACCAUAGUCACCAAGAAAACAAUUGGUAACACACUACGCCGUGAAGGACUGAAAUCCUGCAGCGCCUGCAAGGUCCCCCUGCUCAAGAAAGCACAUUUACAGGCCCGUAUGAAGUUUGCCAAUGAACAUCUGAAUGAUUCAGAGGAGAACUGGGUGAAACUCAACUCGCCGUGUUUGGAGGAGGAGGAAUGCUGCCUAUGACCCCAAGAACACCAUCCCCACCGUCAAACAUGGAGGUGGAAACAUUAUGCUUUGGGGGUGUUUUUCUGCUAAGGGGGCCAUGUACCGUCAAAUCUUGGGUGAGAACCUCCUUCCCUCAGCCAGGGCAUUGAAAAUGGGUCGUGGAUGGGUAUUCCAGCAUGACAAUGACCCAAAACACACGGCCAAGGCAACAAAGGGGUGGCUCAAGAAGAAGCACAUUAAGGUCCUGGAGUGGCCUAGCCAGUCUCCAGACCUUAAUCCCAUAGAAAAUCUGUGGAGGGAGCUGAAGGUUCGAGUUGCCAAACGUCAGCCUCGAAACCUUCAUGACUUGGAGAAGAUCUGCAAAGAGGAGUGGGACAAAAUCCCUCCUGAGAUGUGUGCAAACCUGGUGGCCAACUACAAGAAACGUCUGACCUCUGUGAUUGCCAACAAGGGUUUUGCCACCAAGUACUAAGUCAUGUUUUGCAGAGGGGUCAAAUACUUAUUUCCCUCAUUUACAUUUACAUUUUAGUCAUUUAGCAGACACUCUUAUCCAGAGCGACUUACAGGAGCAUUUAGGGUUAAGUGCCUUGCUUAAGGGCACAUCGACAGAUUUUUCACCUAGUCGGCUCGGGGAUUAGAACCAGCGACCUUUCGGUUACUGGCACAACGCUCUUACCCACUAAGCUACCUGCCGCCCUCAUUAAAAUGCAAAUCAAUGUAUAACAUUUUUGACAUGUGUUUUUCUGGAUUUUUUGUUUUGUUAUUCUGUCUCUCACUGUUCAAAUAAACCUACCAUUAAAAUUAUAGACUGAUCAUGUCUUUGUCAGUUGGCAAAUGUACAAAAUCAGCAGGGGAUCAAAUACUUUUUUCCCUCACUGUAUGUGUGAUCCCUUAAAGCCAUGUACUGUUUACUGUACAAUACUAUACUGUUCUGUAUUGUACAUACCUCCUGUGUGAGGCUAGAAUCUAGGUCUAUCAGUCACUAAGUUACAUCGCUGAACUAUGUCAGCUGUAGCCAUACCCUUCACUAGCCAGGAAUAGAUAGACGGGUUGGUUGUUUAGCAACAAAACCAAUGCAUGCAUAAUUGUGGGGCAGAACAGACAGGGUUGGCUUAGAUUGUUGACUACAUGUAAACUAUAUUUCGUCUCCUAUGUUUAUUGAAAACAUAAAUUUGCACAAUGAGCACUUGUUGUCUCUCAAAUACAUUGUUACAGUUGUUGGUUAGCUAGCUAGCACAUUUUUGCCAUAUUAGCAUAGAUGUGAUAUGAGUCAAAACGCCUCCAAACAAGACAUGGUAUCAAUAACAAGAUAAAACUAUCUGAAACGAGCCACCUACGAUUCCCCACAUGGCAGCUUCUUGUCAUUGUUGCUAGCUAUCUGACCAUUCAGAAUCAUAAUGCCACACAGACUUCUGCCUGCUCAAUGCACGCACAUCUUUUUCGUGACGUUGCAAGCCAACCCAUCUAUAGAAUCCCCACAAAUGUUUGUCUCUAAACUAAAUAGAGUAUUUCAUUGUUAUUCUAGAUACGCUUUAAGGAUGUUUGGCUUUACAAAGAAAACAUUACCUUGUAUUCAGCAGCACUUUGAGCAUUAUCGUCUAAAGCGACAGCACUGAUGUCAGGCGUGGGUGUGUCUGUGUGUAUCACUUGCUUGAAGAAAUGAGAUUAAAACAGAAUGUGCAGUACUUUACAUUCUGAAGUGUCUUGACAGAAGGUGGCAGUAAUGACCAGUUUGAAUCAGGUUGUAUUGCAAUAUUCCAAUGUGUUUUGUAAAUGGUUAUGACAAAUUAUAAAACAGGAUGUGUGAGCCAAGAUAUCAUUGAAUCCUUUUGGUUACAUAUCUGAGGAAUAUGUGAUAUUCAAACUCAAGGAGUUCUAUGUUCAGUACAAUAUACAGGUAACCUAAAUAAAGGAAACACCAACAUAAAGGGUGUUGGGCCACCACGAGCCGCCAGAACAUCUUCAAUGCACCUUGCCAUAGAUGGUGUCUGGAACUCUAUUGGAGGGAUCCGACACCAUUCUUUCACGAGAAAUGUCAUAAUUUGGUGUUUUGUUGAUGGUGGUGGAAAACGCCGUCUCAGGCCCUGCUCCAGAAUCUCCCAUAAGUGUUGAAAGCACUUGCUUUCAAUAUACUUUGUUUCCCUCAUUUACUCAAGUGUUCCUUUUAUUAUGGCAGUUACCUGUAUGAAGAAAGCCAGUAUGAGGGUUAGUGUUCAGGCUGGAAUGAAAGGCGGCCGGUGUGUGGGAGAGAAAAUAUCUGUAGAGUUCAAAAAGUACUCUCUCAAAACCAUGAAAAGGAAUAACCCAAGGAGGCCGAUAUGCUCCGUUCCUUUUGAAUUUUUAUAUAGCACCUUGCACUUUCACUUUUUGUAUUCCUUUGAGCAUGAAUUAAAAUAAUUGUAUUAUUUUUGCAUAUCGGCCUCCUUGGGUUAUUCCUUUUCAUGGUUUUGAGAGCGAGUACUUUUUGAACUCUACAGUUACCUCUAUGACUCUCAUAUUUUUAUUGAGGGUGUCUCCUUAAAUGAAUAGAACAGACAGUGAUGGAUCCAUGCCUAAGAAGACUGACUAGAUAUCUAAUUGAUGUCUGUUUCAGAUUAAACUCCAUUGAUGUCAAGUAUCAGAUGUGGAAACUAGGAGUAGUGUUCACUGACAACGUAAGUAAAGCAGCUGUAAGUCGCUCUGGAUAAGAGCGUCUGUUAAAUGACUAAAAUGUAAAUGUGAAUGUAUACUUUAUCGUCUUACUGUGUUAUAUAUAUAUAUAUAUAUAUAUAUAUAUGAUGAUGACUCAUCCUUACAUACAGUAUGUGUUUUAUAGUCUUUGUUUUCCAUAGAUAUUAAUGUAGAUCAUAUGAUGAUAGUUGCUAUAGUGUCUGUGAUGUACCCAAGCUGUCUUCCUGUCUUAUCUCGUGUGUGUACACAGUCCUUCCUGUACCUGGCAUGGUAUAUGACCAUGUCUGUCCUGGGUCACUAUAAUAACUUCUUCUUCGCUGCUCACCUGUUGGAUAUUGCCAUGGGCUUUAAGACCCUAAGAACCAUCCUGACCUCUGUUACCCACAAUGGCAAACAGGUACAGUAUAGACAACUGGAAAACCCUGUUGCCGUGUGUGUGUGUUUGGAGGGGGGGGGGCUUUAGAGAGUAUUAAAUCCCAUAAUGCUGUAUAUGUGUUUGUCAGUUGGUCCUGACUUUGGGGCUGCUGGCAGUGGUGGUGUAUCUCUACACCGUGGUGGCCUUCAACUUCUUCCGCAAGUUCUACAACAAGAGUGAAGAUGGAGAAGCUCUGGACAUGAAGUGUGACGACAUGCUCACUGUGAGUUCAGCACAUUUAGUAGCACAUGCAUGCAGACACGUGCACACACACACUCACACAUAGUCUAAACUAGCCAAGGAGUCUGAUAAGCCAAGGAGGAGGAUUUCUGGCAGUGAUGCCCAUAGUUGAGGUGAACAUAGCCUUAAUGCCCCUCUAUAUCCACCCUGGAUUGAUGGACACUUGGAUUAAGAUAACCCUCUCCAGCUUGAGCUGGGCUCUUUGUCUCACUGGGAAUUAAUUCUCUACUUUAUAAUGGCCUUGUCUGUUUUAUUUCAAUAUGAAUUUCACUGUCACUCACUGAGGACAGACAGACAGACUUGUUAUGCUUUAGAAAUGCAUUGCAUUACAAUACAAUACACCAGACUUGAAGGUUCACCGGUAAUGUUAGUAUGACACGUAGAUAUGUAUAUGCAUGCAAUAUCUCAGCAACAACAUGUUUAGUUAAAGAGUAAGAUCGCUCAACUCGUUCAUAAUAAGAGCUGUGUAUCCCCCAUGGACUACCCCAGCAAUGUUAAGUAGCAAAGUCAAUUGGCUACUCCUACUUGUUCUCCAGUGCUAUAUGUUCCAUAUGUAUGUGGGCGUUCGCGCGGGGGGUGGCAUCGGUGACGAGAUUGAGGACCCGGCCGGGGACGAGUUUGAGGUGGUCAGGAUCAUCUUCGACAUCACCUUCUUCUUCUUCGUCAUCGUCAUCCUCCUGGCCAUCAUUCAGGGUGAGACAGCAUGUUGACGAUACAUAUACACACACACACACCGCAUACACACACAAAUUCUUCUCCAUUAUUCACCAGUGGGUCAGACAGAUUUGUCUGUCUUGAUGAAUAUUUCAUAUGCGAUUGAGAAUAGAGGAAUGCUAAUGUAUCUGUUUAUCCCUCCAGUAUCUUAUAGUUAUCCUGUAACCUGUCACGUAAUCAUACACAUGCACACAUACUUGUGACACACACACUCAUGUCUGUGUUUCCUGUAGGUUUGAUAAUUGAUGCCUUUGGGGAGCUCCGUGACCAGCAGGAGCAGGUGAAAGAGGACAUGGAGGUGAGAUAAGUAACAUGCUUUCAUAAAAGCGUUCACACACACCUAUGUAUGUACAGUGGGGAGAACAAGUAUUUGAUACACUGCCGAUUUUGCAGGUUUUCCUACUUACAAAGCAUGUAGAGGUCUGUAAUUUUUAUCAUAGGUACACUUCAACUGUGAGAGACGGAAUCUAAAAGAACAAGUAUUUGAUACACUGCCGAUUUUGCAGGUUUUCCUACUUACAAAGCAUGUAGAGGUCUGUCAUUUUUAUCAUAGGUACACUUCAACUGUGAGAGACGGAAUCUAAAACAAAAAUCCAGAAAAUCACAUUGUAUGAUUUUUAAGUAAUUAAUUUGCAUUUUAUUGCAUGACAUAAGUAUUUGAUCACCUACCAACCAGUAAGAAUUCCGGCUCUCACAGACCUGUUAGUUUUUCUUUAAGAAGCCCUCCUGUUCUCCACUCAUUACCUGUAUUAACUGCACCUGUUUGAACUCAUUACCUGUAUAAAAGACACCUGUCCACACACUCAAUCAAACAGACUCCAACCUCUCCACAAUGGCCAAGACCAGAGAGCUGUGUAAGGACAUCAGGGAUAAAAUUGUAGACCUGCACAAGGCUGGGAUGGGCUACAGGACAAUAGGCAAGCAGCUUGGUGAGAAGGCAACAACUGUUGGCGCUAUUAUAAAAAAAUUGAAGAAGUUCAAGAUGACGGUCAAUCACCCUCGGUCUGGGGCUCCAUGCAAGAUCUCACCUCAUGGGGCAUCAAUGAUCAUGAGGAAGGUGAGGGAUCAGCCCAGAGCUACAUGGCAGGACCUGGUCAAUGACCUGAAGAGAGCUGGGACCACAGUCUCAAAGAAAACCAUUAGUAACACACUACGCCGUCAUGGAUUAAAAUCCUGCAGCGCACGCAAGGUCCCCCUGCUCAAGCCAGCGCAUGUCCAGGCCCAUCUGAAGUUUGCCAAUGACCAUCUGGAUGAUCCAGAGGAGGAAUGGGAGAAGGUCAUGUGGUCUGAUGAGACAAAUAUUGAGCUUUUUGGUCUAAGCUCCACUCGCCGUGUUCGGAGGAAGAAGAAGGAUGAGUACAACCCCAAGAACACCAUCCCAACCGUGAAGCAUGGAGGUGGAAACAUCACUCUUUGGGGAUGCUUUUCUGCAAAGGGGACAGGACGACUGCACCGUAUUUAGGGGAGGAUGGAUGGGGCCAUGUAUCGCGAGAUCUUGGCCAACAACCUCCUUCCCUCAGUAAGAGCAUUGAAGAUGGGUCGUGGCUGGGUCUUCCAGCAUGACAACGACCCGAAACACACAGCCAGGGCAACUAAGGAGUGGCUCCGUAAGAAGCAUCUCAAGGUCCUGGAGUGGCCUAGCCAGUCUCCAGACCUGAACCCAAUAGAAAAUCUUUGGAGGGAGCUGAAAGUCCGUAUUGCCCAGUGACAGCCCCGAAACCUGAAGGAUCUGGAGAAGGUCUGUAUGGAGGAGUGGGCCAAAAUCCCUGCUGCAGUGUGUGCAAACCUGGUCAAGACCUACAGGAAACGUAUGAUCUCUGUAAUUGCAAACAAAGGUUUCUGUACAAAUAUUAAGUUCUGCUUUUCUGAUGUAUCAAAUACUUAUGUCAUGCAAUAAAAUGCAAAUUAAUUACUUAAAAAUCAUACAAUGUGAUUUUCUGGAUUUUUGUUUUAGAUUCCGUCUCUCACAGUUGAAGUGUACCUAUGAUAAAAAUUACAGACCUCUACAUGCUUUGUAAGUAGGAAAACCUGCAAAAUCGGCAGUGUAUCAAAUACUUGUUCUCCCCACUGUAUCUCUAAUGAGAUGGAGAUAAUUAGACCAUGUUUUGAAAAAAAAAAUUAAAUUGCAUUGGCAGAUAUAACCUGGGCUGUGGUUUAUCAGAAAAUACAUAUCUGCAUCCCUAUAUAGCUUUAAAUUGAAGUAGAUGGGAACCUUUUAUAGUCAACACUCUCACAUGCAUGUGCAUGUGCACACACCACUUUAAGGAAUAAGGUGUUCUGAAAGUCGGAGAGUAUAUUUCUGCAUAAUGACUAGAUCUUGUGAAAUGCAAAUGUGUUAAUUCCAUCAUUUGAUUACUAGGGCUGUCAAAUGAAGAAAAUAAAUGUAAUCAAGUUAAUCGCAGGAUUUGCUGUGAUUAAUCGUGAUUAAUCGCAUUGUUGAGAAAGCACACUUUAACCUCAAUGUCAACUUGUUUUUACAUCACAUUGUAGAUUUUAGUUGUAUAGAUUAUGUAUUUUGGAUGUUUUCAAUGUGUUUUCAAUUCUUUCAGACAAUGCGAUUAAUUGCGAGAAAAUAAAAAAUAUUGCACUAAAAUUACUACAAGUUAACUUGAGUUAACUGAUUAACAGCCCUAAUGAUUAUCCAGUCUAAAAUGAAUCAACUUUUACGAUAUUCCAAAUUACUUCUAGAAUAUACAUGAAAACAACUAAAGCAGAGUUAGAAUUAGGGGAAUGCAUUCACUGUCUUUAACACAAUAAGUACUUGUCAUGUUGGUUGUCUCUUUAUGUUAUUCACGUCGAACAAUAUGCAUGUGCUAUAAAUGUGUUAUGUAAAUGUCAGACACCUCUCUCUUCCUUCCCUGUAGACCAAGUGUUUCAUCUGUGGAAUAGGGAAUGACUACUUGGACAACGUGCCCCAUGGAUUCGAAACACACACUCUGCAGGAACACAACCUGGCCAACUAUCUGUGAGUUGAUACCUGCGGUCUAGUUUCACUGUUUGGUAACACUUUACUUAAACAAACCUCCCAUACUGUAGCCUCGUGUGCCUGACGUCUAGGCUCCGGACUAACAUGCUCACAACAUUGUCAUCCCACUAUCACAGGAAUGACAUGCCUGUCAUACGAUGAUUGCUGACAUGUCAUACCUCUGUCUUACACGACUUGUUAAGCAGAACAUUUUCUUAUAUAUAUAUAUAUAUUUUUUUUUAAACCUUUAAUGUGUGAAAUGGGGGUAAUUGCUUGUCAUGUACUUCCAUCAGAUAUUUGACAGGUGUACUGUAGUUUUGUAGGCAGUAAUAUGACCGUGAUUGGGUAUAGCCAUUUAGAAGAUCUGCUCUGUGAUUAGCCAAUGAUUGAAGGAAUCAUUGUCAUGUCCACAUUUGACAGCAUCUCAAUUUAUGUGGAGGUUCACAUGUCCAACAGGAAAUGUACAGUACCAGUCAAAGGUUUGGACACACCUACUCAUUCCAGGGUUUUUCUUAAUUUUUACUAUUUUCUACGUUGUAGAAUAAUAGUGAAGACAUCAAAACUAUGAAAUAACACAUAUGGAAUCAUGUAGUAACCAAAAAACUGUUAAACAAAUCAAAAUAUAUUUUAUAUUUGAGAUUCUUCAAAUAGCCACCCUUUGCCUUAAUGACAGCUUUGCACACUCCUGGCAUUCUCUCAACCAGCUUCAUGAGGUAGUCACCUGGAAUGCAUUUCAAUUAACAGGUGUGCCUUGUUAAAAGUUAAUUUGUGAAAUUUCUUUCCAUCUUAAUGCGUUUGAGCCAAUCAGUUGUGUUGUGACAAGGUAGGGGUGGUAUGCAGAAGAUAUCCCUAUUUGGUAAAAUACCAAGUCCAUAUUAUGGCAAGAACAGCUCAAAUAAGCAAAGAGGAACGACAGUCCAUCAUUACUUUAAAGACAAGAAGGUCAGCCAAUCCGGACAAUGUCAAGAACUUUUAAAGUUUCUUCAAGUGCAGUCGCAAAAACCAUCAAGCGCUAUGAUGAAACUGGCUCUCAUGAGGACCGCCACAGGAAAGGAAGACCCAGAGUUACCUCUGCUGCAGAGGAUAAGUUCAUUAGAGUUAACUGCACCUCAGAUUGCAGCCCAAAUAAAUGCUUCACAGAGUUCAAGUAACAGACACAUCUCAACAUCAACUGUUCAGAGGAGACUGUGUGAAUCAGGCCUUCAUGGUCGAAUUGCUGCAAAGAAACCACUACUAAAGGACACCAAUAAGAAGAAGACACUUGCUUGGGCCAAGAAACACGAGCAAUGGACAUUAGACCGGUGGAAAUCUGUCCUUUGGUCUGAUGAGUCCAAAUUUGAGAUUUUUGGUUCCAACCGCCGUGUCUUUGUGAGACGCAGAGUAGGUGAACGGCUGAUCUCCGCAUGUGUGGUUCCCACCGUGAAGCAUGGAGGAGGAGAUGUGAUGGUGUGGGGGCACUUUGCUGGUGACACUGUGUGAUUUUAUUUAGAAUUCAAGGCACACUUAACCAGCAUGGCUACCACAGCAUUCUGCAGCGAUACGCAAUCUCAUCUGGUUUGCGCUUAGUGGGACUAUCAUUUGUUUUUCAACAGGACAAUGACCCAAAACACCUCCAGGCUGUGUAAGGGCUAUUUGACCAAGAUGGAGAGUGAUGGAGUGCUGCAUCAGAUGACCUGGCCUCCACAAUCACCCGACCUCAACCCAAUUGAGAUGGUUUGGGAUGAGUUGGACCGCAGAGUGAAGGAAAAGCAGCCAAUAAGUGCUCAUCAUAUGUGGGAACUAAUUCAAGACUGUUGGAAAAGCAUUCCAGGUGAAGUUGGUUGAGAGAAUGCCAAGAGUGUGCAAAGCUGUCAUCAAGGCAAAGGGUGGCUACUUUGAAAAAUCUCUAAUAUAAAAUAUAUUUUGAUUUGUUUAACACUUUUUUGGUUACUACAUGAUUCCAUAUGUGUUAUUUUAUAGUUUUGAUGUCUUCACUAUUAUUCUACAAUGUAGAAAAUAGUAAAAAUAAAGAAAAACCCUUGAAUGAGUAGGUGUGUCCAAACGUUUGACUGGUACUGUAUAUAGAUGUCAAUAUAUACUAUUACAUUUAAUGUGGUGUUAAGCAGCAAUGUGGUGUCCAACGCCUAAAUGGUCGCUCUUAGCUCUCUUCAACAGUUUAUUAUUAAUGUCAAUAUCAAUGAGUCGUUUCAUUAUUUAGGGUAUUUUAUAUAAGUUGAUAUUCAUCUCUAAUCAUGUAAGACUUAUUAUUAUAUGAGUUGGAAAUGACUGACAUCGUUAUAAUUGGUGAGUCAAUUAUACAGGCCUCCCCAUCAAAAUUAGACGAUACUUCCAUAAUAGUUUGCUAAGGCCAGCUAACAUUGCAUGUGGUUAUGUAACAGUCGUCACUGUACUGCUUAGCAGUAUUGCUUCCUCGCUCACAAUAUCCUACCUGCACUCACGCUAGUGAUGCGCGGGUUAACUCAUAACCCACAGUCCCAGCGGUUAUAUCUGAGGGGCGGGUGGGUUUAGGGUCAUGAAAUAUUGUGUGGGUGAAGGGUGGGUGGGCGGCAGGCGGAUUGAAUACAGAGAAAACUAUACCUUAAAAAAAUACAUAAAUGUGUCAUUCUUGUGAAUUUAUAUCUAUAGGCUACAUUAGGUUUUGCUUUCAUUAUUUUAGGCUAUCUGGCAUUAGUGCAUAAACCCAAGCUUUAGGGCCUAACUGUAUGCAGGGCAUAUAGCCUAACGCUAACACACUUUUGUACAUCAAGCUGUUCCGUACAUUUUACCAUAUUUUAGCGCCACAAAAACGUAAUUCUUCCAGGUCAACUGUAAUAUUAAUAUCAUUGUAAAGCACAAUUUCUCCCCUUUCCAGCAAAAUCAAUGACGAGACCUUCAUGCUGCCCGUCUCUUCAUGAUUGAAGAAAGCAAUGGAGCUCUGCCGGGUCUUUAUAAAAAUGGAGGGUGGGGAAGCGAAAUCUACUGCGUCAAAGUGAAAGGGGGAUAAAUGUUGUGUGGGGAAGCGGCUUUUUUCACCCGAUUUGUCCAAUUUAUCACCUCUAAAAUGUAAAUAAAACACUAUAAAGAGUUUAUAUAAUGUCUCAUUACAUACCUAUUUGAAGGUGUGUGUCAAAAUUGAAUAGUGUUUUUAGGGCGGCGCUAAAUUUAACUUCACAAUUAAACUGUGGGUGUCACGGUUUUUGAGUCAUGAUGGCUCGCAGUGAUUACGCGAAAAAUUAACAAUUGAUUGAAUUAACUAUUGAUGAACUCACGAGUAAUUAACUUUACACUCACCAUUGUUCAUUUCUUGUUUUUAAUCUGCGAGAGAAGCGCUACACCUGGUGGAAAGAGGCUGUACGGCACAGAAUAAAUUCUGACACGCCAGCGGGGUCAGUUUUUUCAACUUUUCUCCAAUACUAUUGAUUCAUUACCAUGUCAAUCAACGCUGAAUCUAAAUUUAGUUCACACCCCGGAUUUUGAUGCGAACACACAGUCGCUACAGUCCCAUUAGUUUUCAUUGUAGCCUCGUUUGAAUGCCGCGGUUGCCCACAUAUGUACGGAACGGAGUUAGCUACCGUUACACGCCAAUCGCCAAAUGCUUUUGGGAACGGGCAGAAAAAGUUAACGUCGAUCCACGGAGGCAAAAAGGACAAUGUCGGAGUUUAAUUCAAUAGGAGAAAAGCUGCAAAAUGGAGAGUUGAAAAUACAGAGAAGGGAGGGCCAGAAAAGUAAUGUUUGGGAAAGAUUUGGUGAAGUGGUAAAAGAGGAUGAUAGCAGUGCCGGCUAUGUUAUAUGUGAUGAUUGUGAGGCGCAAUACAAAUUAGACAGUCACAAGACAGAGACGUCAAAUAGGCCUAUGGCACUUCAAGGGAACUGUAGCCUACUGUUCAGAUGGGUUAAAUGGAAACUGAAAUCUGGACACUGACAGUAUUCCCGCCACAACGGCAGUCACGAGUCCUGACGGAAGUCAAAUUCCCACUGAUCGUCGGUCACGUUAAUCCCAUCCAAAACUGUGCAAAUGAAUGGCGCUGAUGGGUAGCCUACCCAAUUUGCUAAUGGCCUGGGAGUCCCUCUAAUCCCUUCAUGAUUGAAUUUGAAUAAUCUGAAGAGGUGAAAUGGUGAUGGGAGUUCUCCUGUUAGGAAAUGGACACUGGAAAGCCCCAGACUCGAUAUGUAUACAUUUAUUUUUAAAACCCGUUCCAAAAGGACCUAAAGGACACCCGGUCUGAUCUGAGUGAGAGAUGCAGCAGAAAAGCUAAUUGUUUUGCUACUUUAUUAAACCGGAGCAAUUACCAAAUGGGAGAGUGAGAGGCUCAGAGUGAGCAGAUGUAGGCUAUUAGGGAGUAGAGGCCCUGCGGUGUUGUGUGUGUGUGUGUGUGAAUGUCGGUGAGUAAGACACGGAGGCUCAGAGCACCGGAGCAGGCACAGAGGGAAAGACUGCAACGACUUUUAUCUCGCGCUAGACUAACUUCUUGCUAGUUAUUUAUCAUCCCAUCCGAUUACAUAGUAUCUGUCUUGACUGCAUCAAACCGAGAGAAACUAGCUAAUUGAGGCUAGCCAAACAUUACUGCGCUUCUUGCCGUCCUACAUUUAGCAACACAUGACAACAACUCCAUUCAGAUUAUAGCCUAAAUAGCAGACUACCUGUUGGCUUUUGGUCAUUGUAGCCUUUCUUUUUCAUUUCACUUUUAAUUCUGUCAUUUUAAUUCCAUCUUCCAUUGAUUAGAUAUCCCCUAACUUGCUUGCCACACAGGCAGAGCAGCAAUGCAAUUGACUCUCUCUCUCUCUCUGCGGGAAGGGUCAGAGCGCAUGCCUUUUUAAAACACUUUUCCAAAUCAUCAAUUUGAGUGUACAAAACAUUAGGAACAUCUUUCUAAUAUUGAGUUACACCCCUUAUUGCCCCCACUCAGUGUACGGUUGCAUCAUGCAUCCCUUAUGUUUUGAUUUCAAAGAUAUUCCCAGGUUUAUACGCCUAUCACAACUAAAUAAAUAAUGGAUUUUAUUGUGAUGGUGUAGGCUAUAUUAAAUGGAUUUAUUUGACUUGUUUAAAUGUAGAUGUUCCAAAGGCAUACAUCAGCAGCUUGUAUGCGUAUACAUUUUUGCUCGGGAACGAGUGGAGAAAUAUGAUUUAUUUAUUUCAUCAUCUUGAGAGAAUGUGAAUGUGCAGUUAGAUACACUCUUAGAAAAAAAGGUGCUAUCUAGAACCUAUAAUGGUUCUUUGGCUGUCCCCAUACAAUAACCCUUUGAAAAACUAUUUUUGGUUCUAGGUAGAACCAUUUUGGGUUCCAUGUAAAACUCUUUCCACAGAGGGUUCUACAUGGAACCCAAAAGGGGUUCUAUGGGGACAGCCGAAAAACAGUUUUGGAACCUUUUUUUCCAAAGAGUGUAGAGGUGCUAUCUUUAUAAGCAUCAUAAAAGCUGAUAGUAUUUCAACCACAUAAAAUAUGCAUCCAAGCCAAUCUGAAACCUUAUCAGAAACAUGUUAGGGCAUUUUCAUAGCUUUGUAUUUCCUUACAUUCGGUCAAACUGAUGUCAUUUGGAAACUUUCCCAUUUCUUUAGAGUUAUUGCAUUUUCUUCCCGGUCCCUAAAUGUCUUUGCUCCACAAAAGAAGCAGAGAUGAUAGAGAACUUUACUGUGGUCAACUAGAUUUAAUUAUAGACAAAUUGAUGAACAAAUAGCCUACCAAAAUGUUGGAAAUUAUAAACAGAAACUAAAUCAGGCAAAUAAAAUCCUUCACCCCCGUCAAUUGUUUUCCUGCUGUCUCUGACUGUAGCCUACAGCACAUUUUUGUAUAUAAGCGGUUAGGGUCAGGUGCGGGCCACAGAUUUUCACUUUAUCACAUACAGUGGGGAGAACAACUUUUUGAUACACUGCCGAUUUUGCAGGUUUUCCUACUUACAAAGCAUGUAGAGGUCUGUAAUUUUUAUCAUAGGUACACUUCAACUGUGAGAGACGGAAUCUAAAACAAAAAUCCAGAAAAUCACAUUAUAUUUUUUAAGUAAUUAAUUUGCAUUUUAUUGCAUGACAUAAGUAUUUGAUCACCUACCAACCAGUAAGAAUUCCGGCUCUCACAGACCUGUUAGUUUUUCUUUAAGAAGCCCUCCUGUUCUCCACUCAUUACCUGUAUUAACUGCACCUGUUUGAACUCGUUACCUGUAUAAAAGACACCUGUCCACACACUCAAUCAAACAGACUCCAACCUCUCCACAAUGGCCAAGACCAGAGAGCUGUGUAAGGACAUCAGGGAUACAAUUGUAGACCUGCACAAGGCUGGGAUGGGCUACAGGACAAUAGGCAAGCAGCUUGGUGAGAAGGCAACAACUGUUGGCGCAAUUAUUAGAAAAUGGAAGAAGUUCAAGAUGACGGUCAAUCAUCCUCGGUCUGGGGCUCCAUGCAAGAUCUCACCUCGUGGGGCAUCAAUGAUCAUGAGGAAGGUGAGGGAUCAGUCCAGAACUACACGGCAGGACCUGGUCAAUGACCUGAAGAGAGCUGUGACCACAGUCUCAAAGAAAACCAUUAGUAACACACUACGCCGUCAUGGAUUAAAAUCCUGCAGCGCACGCAAGGUCCCCCUGCUCAAGCCAGCGCAUGUCCAGGCCCAUCUGAAGUUUGCCAAUGACCAUCUGGAUGAUCCAGAGGAGGAAUGGGAGAAGGUAAUGUGGUCUGAUGAGACAAAAAUAGAGCUUUUUGGUCUAAACUCCACUCAUUGUGUUUGGAGGAAGAAGAAGGAUGAGUACAACACCAAGAACACCACCCAACUGUGAAGCAUGGAGGUGGAAACAUAAUUCUUUGGGGAUGCUUUUCUGCAAAGGGGACAGGACGACUGCACCGUAUUGAGGGGAGGAUAGAUGGGGCCAUGUAUCGCGAGAUCUUGGCCAACAACCUCCUUCCCUCAGUAAGAGCAUUGAAGAUGGGUCGUGGCUGGGUCUUCCAGCAUGACAACGACCCGAAACACACAGCCAGGGCAACUAAGGAGUGGCUCCGUAAGAAGCAUCUCAAGGUCCUGGAGUGGCCUAGCCAGUCUCCAGACCUGAACCCAAUAGAACAUCUUUGGAGGGAGCUAAUAGUCCGUAUUGCCCAGCGACAGCCCCGAAACCUGAAGGAUCUGGAGAAGGUCUGUAUGGAGGAGUGGGCCAAAAUCCCUGCUGCAGUGUGUGCAAACCUGGUCAAGACCUACAGGAAACGUAUGAUCUCUGUAAUUGCAAACAAAGGUUUCUGUACCAAAUAUUAAGUUCUGCUUUUCUGAUGUAUCAAAUACUUAUGUCAUGCAAUAAAAUGCAAAUUAAUUACUUAAUCAUACAAUGUGAUUUUCUGGAUUUUUGUAUUAGAUUCCGUCUCUCACAGUUGAAGUGUACCUAUGAUAAAAAUUACAGACCUCUACAUGCUUUGUAAGUAGGUAAACCUGCAAAAUCGGCAGUGUAUCAAAUACUUGUUCUCCCCACUGUAUAGUCGGGCGGUUGUGGAUGGGUUAUUAGCAAUUGCAGAUUAACAAACAGCUGACUCGCGCACCACUAGCUCACGCCCUCUGCCUUGCCAACACGUGACCGCCCUGCUUUACAACAUACCAAUUACAACAACCAGUUACGCCACUAAAAAGGAUUCAAUUCAUUGGCGCCAUUUCAAGCUGUGGGGUGAGUUUAUCUGGUACGAUCUGACUCAGUUACACUUACUGUUAUGGUGUACUGUAACUUUCAACAUAUGUAUUGCUACGUAUACCGUACAUUUUCAAUACAGUAGAACGAGAUUCAAUUUCUUUGUUGUGAAAGCCUCAUCCCUGUUUCCAAAUCGUCCAUGUUCUACUGCCUGUAAUAGUGGCAUGUUCAAUGUGUCUCUCAACCUGUUCUCUCCUGACAGAUUCUUUGUGAUGUACCUCAUUAACAAAGAUGAAACAGAACACACGGGCCAGGUAAUACUGCUGAUAUCCACCUAUUCUGUGCAUCAAGUUACAUGAAAGAUCAUGAUGUAGCCUAAUAUAUUAAUUCCUGUUGACUUAUCCUUGACAGGAAUCCUAUGUAUGGAAGAUGUACCAGGAGCGAUGCUGGGAAUUCUUUCCUGUCGGUGACUGUUUCCGGAAACAGUAUGAAGACCAACUCAGCUGA